AUGGCUCCAAGCAAGUACCGCGACGGCUUCAACGCCCAAUCUCUGGGUGUGGAUCUCAACCGCAAGGUGAAAGAGGCACGAGUUCUGAUGGUUGGCGCAGGAGGGAUUGGAUGUGAACUACUGAAGAACCUCGUUCUCGCUGGCUUCGGCGAAGUCCACAUCGUUGAUCUCGACACAAUCGACCUCAGCAACCUAAACCGACAGUUCCUCUUCCGACAUGAGCAUAUUAAGAAGUCGAAGGCUUUGGUGGCUAAGGAGGCGGCACAUAAGUUCAACCCAAACGUGAAGCUCGAAGCUCACCAUGCCAACAUCAAGGAUCCCCAGUUCAAUGUAGACUGGUUCAAGCACUUUACAAUGGUGUUCAACGCGCUGGAUAACCUGGAUGCCCGACGACAUGUUAACAAGAUGUGUCUAGCUGCAGAUGUCCCUCUGGUCGAGAGUGGCACCACCGGCUUCAAUGGACAAGUGCAAGUCAUCAAGAAAGGCAUCACAGCAUGUUAUGACUGCACGCCGAAGGAGGUACCGAAGAGUUACCCCGUCUGUACUAUCAGAAGCACACCAAGCCAACCAAUUCAUUGCAUCGUUUGGGCGAAGAGCUAUUUGCUGAGUGAGAUAUUUGGAGCCAGCGAGGAUGAAUCACCUGAGAUGGAUCACUCGGAGGAUAGUGAAAAUGCGAAGGAAAUCGAAAAGCUACGGCAGGAGUCACAAGCAUUGAAGAAGAUUAGAGAGAGUAUGGGCACCGAACCUUUUCCGCAGUUGCUUUUCGACAAGGUCUACAAGGAUGAUGUCGUUCGGCUGCGAUCAAUGGAGGAAAUGUGGAAGACCCGCCGCCCUCCGGAGCCACUUGAAUACAGUUCGACAGCAGAGGCAGCCAGUCGAGAGGAUGUUGAGAAGACGCUGAAAGAUGGGCAGAGAGUAUGGGAUCUCCAAGAGAAUAUCACAGUUUUCAGGGAUAGCCUGGAACGAUUGAGUAAGAGAACGGCUAAGAUGAAAGCAUCAUCAAAAGGAGACUCCGCAGAUCCUACGAUCACAUUCGACAAGGACGACGAGGAUACCUUGGACUUCGUCACGGCGGGUGCAAAUCUGCGAUCAAUUGUUUUCGGAAUUGAGACUAAGUCCAGGUUCGACAUUAAACAAAUGGCAGGAAACAUAAUUCCAGCAAUUGCGACAACCAAUGCUAUUGUUGCUGGCCUUUGUGUUCUCCAAGCUUACAAAGUUCUCCGAGGAGAAUUCACAAGUACCAAAGAAGUCUUCCUGUCCCCAUUUGCACCUGAGCGGCUCCUGGCCUCGGGUCGGCCCCGUGAUCCAAAUCCCGAUUGCCCGGUGUGCAGUGUAGCACAAACACGAGUCCUUGUCGAUAUGUCACGAGCCACUCUGAAAGAUCUAGUUGAAGAUUUCUUGCAACUGGAAUUAGGAUAUGGAGAGGAGUUGGUGGUCAACCACGGAGAUAAUCUUCUUUAUGACCAGGAUGAAACAGAAAACCUGGCCAGAAAACUCAGUGAACUUGGCAUCAAGGGCGACAGCUUUUUGACCAUCGUCGAUGAGGAGGAUGAAAACCCUCGAGUAAACCUCGUACUGAAUGUACAGGAGAAGUAUGUCGUAUUCUCCAGGACUGCGUUGGAUGGCAAGCCCAUAAAGAGUCUCGAUAUCCCUGCAAAGCAGGCGAGCGAUGACAAUUCAACUCCUCCCUCACCAAUCCCAAGGAGAAAGAAAUCGGUGCCGCAAUCCAAUGGCCAUACCAAUGGUAACGGCACAUCUGCAUCCUUGGCUGUUCUCGAGAACGGUUCCGGCAAAAAGAGAGCUGCCGCUGAGGCCUUUGACGGCGAUACUCCCAGCUCGAAGCGAUCUAAGAUCGUCUCCAAUGAUGUUGACGACGGAGUGAUUGUCUUGGAUGACACCGACGGUGCAAUACUCAUUGACGAUGACUGA